AUGAAAUCAAACGAUGCGACUGUCGCUGAAAAGAUCGAUAUCCCAGACACGGUUGCUCAGUUUGACUAUGUGCGGCCAGACAUUUUCCUGCUUCGAACAUUGGCCAAACACUUGAUAAUGUGGGAUUCUAUUAUCGCAAGCGAUAGAUGGAUCAAGAACAAUCUCCCAUCUAUUUAUAAGCGUAAAUAUCGCCUUACGACAGUCCGUCAUCUAAGCACUGAUGACAUGCCGUUUUUCAACAUCAUUACCGGCCUCUGUUUUGCUAUUGGGCUUCGAUUUGCCGGCUCUGGUGCAUAUCAAGCCCGCGACCUUCUUGUUUCCUAUCUUGACCAGUUUAAACGUAUAGCGCGGUUCACUGUGCACAACUACGAUGAGAAGCUAACUCGAAAUGCAGUUCGCAACUGCCAGGAUAUUAUUGCAUUAUCUGCAGCAGCUGUCAUGGCUGGAACUGGAGACCUCAUAGUGUUUCGCCGUCUUCGAUCACUUCAUGGCCACGUUAGUGCAGAUACGCCAUACGGAAGCCACAUGGCAGCACACAUGGCUAUCGGUAUGCUGUUUUUGGGUGGUGGAACAUAUACGCUGGGUACUUCGAAUCUUGGGAUCGCAGCCCUACUUUGCUCCUUUUAUCCCGUAUUUCCCACCACUGUUCUUGACAACAAAUGCCAUCUCCAAGCCUUUCGCCAUCUGUGGGUCCUCGCGGCAGAGCCAAGGUGUCUUGUUCCGCGCGACCUCGACACACGGCGUGCGGUAACAAUACCGGUAUCUCUGACGCUCAAAACAGGCGAAAGUCAGCUUACAACAGCACCAUGCCUACUCCCUAAUAUAGAUGAUCUCGCUACUGUGAAGAUACAAAGCCCGGAUCACUGGGAUCUGACUCUCGACUUUGCUGACAACCCGGGUCUCCGAGACAAAUUCCGCUUGGGUGACCAAUCUGUUUAUCUCCGUAGGCGAGCUGUUUAUACUGGUUCCUCUACCUCGGAAUUUUCCUCAUCCCUGAUGGCAUUGAGCGACGUCCAGGAUAUCCCUUCAUCUUCCUCCCCUGGUUACUCUCGGGCAGUCAACACUACGCCGAAUGCAGCAGCACCUAUCUUGUAUUCCCAAGGAAAAUCAUCGAUUCAAGUCCGAUUCCCCGCACGCCACCUCUGGGAGUGGAUUUUCAAUCUUCGCACCUUCCGACCUCUUGAUAUGGGUGACAAGGCGCUAGUGAUACCCUCAGUACCAUCUCAACAGCCUAUUGAGAUUUAUGCCAGGGACCACUCCGAAAUUAUUAUUUGGCCAGUUUCCUGGCUGCGUCCAAGUGCAGUGGAUACGAGGCUCGUGCUUGAAAAGACGGUCCAGCAUUUGGUGGACGCUGCAACUGGUCAAGGCGAUGGGGAUGAUACGGUCAGGGAUCGGCUGUGGCAACUCAGACUCCUUUUCGCAUGGCUGGACUCAAAUGAUGACCGAACAAAACUCGCUACGGCAGAAAAACGCUGCAGGAAGACCUUCAAAGGAAUGUGGCUUAGGGCGGAUAUUAUUGAAGAUGUUCGAUGGAGGGUGUGGGGCGUUCAAGUUGGCGACAACGGCAACGGCGGACAGCACCUUGAGGAUAACCGAGGGAUGCCUACGUGA